AGGCUAUAAGAGGAACAUGUGGUUGUCGCAGAAGUUGAGUGUCUUUCGAACACCGCAAGUUGUUUCAGAAAACGUCCGGCACUUCUAUUUUAAAAAAUGGCAUUGACGGAAGAAAAUUCCGAUAAACAGGAAUUAAAAUCAAAAAGUGUUCAGCCAAAAGUGAUUAAAAAAGGCUCGCAAAAAAAGGGUAAAGAAAAAAUAAAAAUUAAGGACACUUUUGUUGCCCCCGAUGGGGGUUGGGGCUGGAUAAUUGUUCUCGCUGCCGGAUUUUCAAACUUUUGUAUUUUACCGUUGAUGCAAUCAUUCGGAUUAAUCUUCAGAGAUAGUUUCGAAGAAAAAGGAAUUUCAUCUUCUGAAAUCACGACAUUAACAAACAUAAAUAAUGCAACAACUGCAUUCAUAGGUUUAGCGAAUGGCCCCCUUUUUAGAAAAUACAGUACGAGAAAAAUAGGAGUAUUUGGAGGAUUAAUUUGUGCUUGUUCGAUUACGGCUCUUUCAAUAACAGAGAGUUUUACUGGAUUUCUGAUUUUCUUUUCCGUCCUCUACGGUAUUGGAAUUGGGUUGACAAUGUCCGCCAAUGCCUUGACUCUCAACACCUACUUCAAAGAAAAAAGGAGAAUUGCUACUGGACUCAGCUGGACCUGCACAGGAAUGGGACCAAUUGUGAUGCCUUUGAUCAUCACUCAAUUGAUGCCACUUUACGGAAUGGAAGGAACUGUUCUGAUUUAUGGAGGUGUUGCUUUUAAUGCUGUUGUCUGUUCCCUCUUUUUCCAACCUGUUUCCUGGCAUGUUAAAAAAAAGGUACAAAUAGAUCCAGAAAGUGAAAAAUUAGAAGAAAAGGAUCAGAAGCCAGAGGAUUCAGACGAUGCAACUGAAAAACUUCUGAAUGGACAACAUAGUAAAUCUCUUGAAAAUAUAAUUCGUACGAGAAAAAUGUCUCUGAGUGAACCUCUUUCCGCAAAAGAAGUGUUUGGUAGUCAAUAUUUAUACUAUGAUGAUGAAGAACAUGGUGCUUACGGAAUAGAUGUCAUGGGGCCUGGAACACCUAUGAUUUCAUUAGCAAAUGACGGCUGGUCUGCCAAGCUUAAUGCUUCGAAUGCUUCCCUGGCUUCCAACAGGACCUCCAAGAGGGAAAAUUCCAUAAGGAGCCGACGGGGUUCUCUAAGUUUGAGUGGACAAAACAGUGCUAUCGGCUUGAGUUCUUCCGCAAACAGAGUAACAAACGAGACUGAAAAUAAAAAAAAGAAACCUUCUAACGCUAUGGAAAUAUCUCUAGACGCACUUAAUGAAACAAAUGAAACCGGAGAUGGCGACCAUGUGAGAAUAAACAAUGUUGAGCCAGAAUUAAAUAAUUCUCUUGCUGUGGCAGAAGAGUCUUCUACCAAUGUACACGAACCUAGGAAGACAAAAAAUUUGAAGUACUGGCUGAAACGAAUAGGACAUUCUAUAGUCAUAUUCUUUGAUCUAGAUCUUCUGCGAGACCCAAUUUACGUGAAUCUCAUGUUGGGAAUCACAUUUGCCAACUUUACGGAAUUAAAUUUUGCUCUUCUGACUCCAUUUAUACUUGGGGAAUAUGGCUUUACGAAAUUGCAGGUUGCGACAUUUAUGUCUAUUCUUGGUGGUGUGGAUGUGUUCACAAGAAUUAUUAUACCUUUCAUUGCGACCUUUAUUGGAUGGGAAAAUAGGUCAUUCUUUUUACUAGGUGUCAGUGGAUUGGCUGUUGGACGAAUAGCACUGGGAAUGGGAAUAGCAAUGUCGUCAUUUUUGAUAGCACUAAAUUCCUAUUUUUUAGAAAAAAGAGGUCGAGCUAUGGGAAUAGCUAUGACCUUAACAGGAAUUGGUCCCAUACUAAUACCUCAAUUAAUUCGAUUUUUACUUGACGUUUAUGAAGCCCAGGGUACAAUGUUGAUUCUUGGAGGCUGUAGCUUGCACGCCUUAAUUGGUGCUUUGUUACUUCAUCCAGUGAAAUGGCACGCCCGAAAAGAAAUAAUAAAUCUCAAAAAAGGGGAAAUUUUAGAAACACAAUCUGCAGCCUUGCUUCAAGAAAUUUGUCCCGACUGUACUAAAGAUACGGAAAAAUCAGAUUUGAAUUCAAAUUCGCAAAAGGAAAGCGUUUACGAAUUACAGGCCAUGGAUCUUGUAUCGACAAUUAAUUUAGGAAGCAGUUUUAACGUAUUUGAUGAAUCUAAAUCUUCAGAUGACGAAAAAGAGAUACCUUUGGAUGAUUUAUCCAAACUGAAUGGAAUAAAUCACAUUGAAGAAAUGAUUUGCCAAAAAUGUGGAACGUUUUUCCUACCAGAGAAAACAUACAGCAAAAACCAGGAACUAAAAGUAGGGAAAAAGAAAACUAGACUCCAAAAAAUAUCUUAUCUUUUUGGUUUCGACUUGCUCAGAGAUGUUAUUUUUGUUAACAUAACACUCGGAAUGUCGCUCGCUAUUUUUGCUGAAACUAAUUUUUCUACACUGACGCCCUUUAUUUUGAAGGAUAUGAAAUUAAAUACAAAUAAUAUAGCAAUAGUGAUGAGCCUUUUGGGCACUAUGGAUCUUCUCCUUAGGGGAAUUAGUCCCUUUAUUGGUGACAGAUUACGAAAAUCUCCUAGAACGAUGUAUCUCUUCAGUUUGGUACUUUUAAUCAUCGGCAGGACAUUGCUGAUGUUCACUAGUAGUUUCAUCUCUUUGCUGUUUGUGAUAAUUUGGCUUGGAAUUGCAAAAGGAAUCCGAGCAGUUUACUCAACAUUAGUGAUACCAAAUUAUGUUCCUUUGGAAAGACUUCCGUCUGCCAGUAGUCUUCAACAAAUUGUGGUUGGCUUUCUCUCAUUGGGAGCUGGUCCUAUAAUAGGUUUUAUCAGAGAUGCUACCGGAAGUUACGUUCUUGGCAUUGCUUUCAUCAACUGCAUGUCAGGCUUGACGAUUUUGAUGUGGAUGGCGGAAAUGUUCUUCGUAUCACGUAAAAGAAAAUCUCAGCCAAAUCGAUAGUUUAUCAAUUAUUUUUAGAAAAUGACAUUAAAAAAUAAAUUUCAACUGUU